AAAUUUAAAUAUCCUAUAACAUUGAGGAAGCAACUUGGCCAACCAUAUAAUGAAAUAAUACCAAGUAAUGCCUAGGAAGAAACAAUCGAAUUCUAAUAAUUACUCGAGCGUUAUAUUAUACAGUACCAAAUAAUGUAUUUAAAUUGAGAGUUUUUAAACAAUAUUUGUAUCAGUUUAUGAGAUAAUAAAAUAGGUAAUAUAUUUUUUGUAUGAUGUGUAAUUUAUAUAUAUACAUACAUAUAUAUAUACGUACAUCAUAUAUAUAUAUAUAUGUAUAUACAAUAUGUAUAUAAAUGCAUGUGUUCGUUUUGCAGAUCUCGAUCGCUAUUCGAAUAUAUUUUAAUCUCUUGAAAUAAUUGUAUAAAUAUAAUACUUUACGAUGGUUCAAGUACGAUAUACUCGUAACUUAUUUUUACGAGGAAUAUGUAUUAUAUAUCUUUUUGCAUUUCUUAGUUUUUAUAUACAAAUUCCGGGUGAGUACAAAUUAAAAAGUUUAAAAAUAAGAAAAUAUAUGAUUUUUAUACAUAUUGUUUGUUCAAGCAAUUUAUUUUUUUCUUUUUAUUUAUAAUGAAGGAUUGUAUGGCGAUAAUGGCAUUCUACCUGCUAGAACUCAAGUGGAUCUUAAAAGUCGUUCACCUUUACUUCAUAAAUUAAGGCAGAAACCAACAUUACUGUGGUUUGCUCCUUACCUUGGUCUAAACAUAGAGUAUAUGUUAGAUGUAUUAUCACUCAUAGGCGUUGUCCUUUCCUUUGCAGGGGAUGUACUUUUAUUAGAAGCAGGAUUUUUAUGUAUAUUUGUAGCACCAUUUUGUUAUUCUCAACGCGGAAAAGUAAAUACACCAAGUGAUGCUGUAACUUUUUGGACUGUACGUUGGUUACUUUUCCGCUUAAUGUUUUCCAGUGGAGUAGUGAAACUUACUUCUGGUUGUCCUGUAUGGUGGAAAUUAAAUGCUCUAAAUGUACAUUUUGAAUCACAAUGUAUACCUACUCCAUUAGCAUGGUACGCACAUCAUUUGCCAACAUGGUUUUUACGUUUUACUACUGUGGUUGUCAAUAUUUUUGAACUUGUCAUUCCAUUUUUGUUCUUCUUCCCAAACAGAAAAGUUAGAAUAAUUGCAUUUUAUACACAGGUAUUUCUUCAAAUACACAUUAUAGCAACAGGAAAUUAUAACUUUUUUAAUUUUUUGACUAUUUGUUUAUGCAUCUCUUUGCUCGACGAUCAAUUUUUUUAUAAAAGAAAAUCUAAAAAUGAUACUUACAAUAUCAUACAAUCUUUUUCAACAAUAUUGUGUAUUGUAGUUUAUGGAGUAAUUUUUUAUGCAACAUACGUAUAUUACAAUCUUAGAAUAUCUGAUAACUGGACAAUCCAAAGUGACAUUGCAUUUACAGAAGAACAAUUUGAUUACGUUCUAUCACGAACAAUUCCAGUUUCCAUCUAUAUUGGUGUAAUAUCUCUUGCAGUUACAGUGGCAAAUGCACUAGUUACGUCUUUAUUCUCUAUCAAAGGAAUACAAAAUAAGAUCUUCACAACAUCUGUUACAAGUCUCUAUACAGCAGUAGUUUGUUUUAUCUUUGCAAUAAGUAUUGUACCGUACGCUACUUUACAUCACUCUCAUAAUUCAACGAUACCAGUUCAACUAAGACAAAUACAAGGGAAAGUCGAGCAUUUUCGUCUUGUAAAUAGUUACGGAUUAUUUAGACGCAUGACUGGAGUGGGAGGUAGAUUGGAAGUAAUUGUCGAAGGAAGCAAUAACAUUGAUGGACCAUGGAAAGAAUACGAAUUUUUAUAUAAACCAGGAAAUGUUAAUAAUUCAUUACCAUUUGUUGCUCCUCAUCAACCACGGCUUGAUUGGCAAAUGUGGUUUGCUGCGUUAGGUAAUUAUCACCAAAAUCCAUGGUUAAUGUCAUUAGCGUAUCGCCUUUUAAGUGGUCAACCAGAAGUAUUGGCUCUAAUGAACAAUGUAGAAAAUCCAUUUAUUGAAAAACCACCUAGAUUUAUCAAAGCUAGUCUUUAUCGUUAUCAUUACACUCCAUGGAGUCAAUCGUGGAACAAACAAGCUUGGUGGACAAGAGAAAAAAUCGGGGAAUAUUUUCCAAUAUUUAGUCACGAUCAUCCACCACUUAUCGAAUAUUUAUCAAAAAUGAAAAUUAUUCAAGAUAAACCGAUUUUCAAAAUAACAAACGAACCGUUAAAACUAUUCUUCGAUAGUAUUAGAUCCUUAAUUCAUAAAAUUGAAGCCAGCCUUCUUUUAUGGGGAGUUUUUACUGCAGGUUGUACGAUUAUUAUGACUAGCUAUAAUAAUUCAAUGUUAAAGAAAAAAGGAGUGACAGCAUCAAUAUCAGAACAAACGACAGAUUCUACUUUUCUCCAUAUUUUGUCAGUCGGAUUAUUUUUAUCACUGCUAUUAUUGGUACAACAUUGCUUUAAUGGUCGUUUUGUUAAAAAUGUAGUACAGUUUCGAGUUUUAAGGGCUAAGUCAGAACAUUUUGUACUACUAAUUUGAAAUGAACGAGAGAAUUUCUGAAAUUGCAAUUCCUGUUCAUCGUCGAUAUGAGAAAUUACAAUUUUUGGAGUAUUAAAAUCUAUAGGGGCUUGAAUUAUAAACCUGUUGUUUUUGUUUAAAUUAUAAUCAAUACAGUUAUUUAAAUUUUUUAAUUUUAUCUGUGAAUUAGAGGAAUGUGUAGGUAUAAAACUAGAAUCUUGUGCAAGUUCAUUUGUACCGAACAUGUGUGAUUUAUAUUUCUCUAUAAUCUCAAAAUACUUUUUCUUAUCAUUUUUUAUUUUUAUAUAUUCCCUCAAAGAAUGCAAAAGCUGUUGAUUUCUAUUAUUUAA